GGUUUUUGGCUCCGCCUACCUUUCCUCUUGGAAAGUGACAAGAAGUUGGGAUCGCAGCUGUCGACACCGAUGGGGUUUUGAGGUUGACGCGGGGAGAGCUAAACACUUGAGUUAGAAAUCCGGGGAUUCCCCUUUCUUUCUUGCUCGCCCUUCCUCCGGGGGGGGGGAGAGCCAGGAUUCCUGGGUUUCCCAAAGAGAAUAUGGCUAGUGGUUAGAGCACCUAGCCUGGGAGCCAAUUUAGUUCCGGCAACGGAAAAUGGUAGCGAGGGGUUGCGGAUGUGUGCAUGGACCUGGAGCUGGGAGGAACUAGGAAGGGAGUAAAGUCCUGUGGCUAGAGCAAGGGUGCAUAGAGGUAGGGGACAGAUAAUCCUGGUUACUCCGUGAAGUACAUUCAGGGACAAAAAGGCUCAAGGGUCCUGCCUGCUCAAAAUGGGUGUUGAGUAGUACUAGUAGUAACUUGAACAGUGUCUGGAUUCCUGUGUUCUUGGACCAGGAAGAGGAGGUAGGGCAAGACUUUUUGUGUUUAAGAAAGUGAAGUCUGGUGGGUUGGAGCAGGAAGAUUAAGGAGCCAGGAGGAAACCUGGGGUAUCUGGAGUAGGAGGCUGGAGAGUACAGUGGUUAGAGCAGCUCACAAUGGAUGACCCCGAGGAGAUGUUUAGAGGCGAUGGGGAUCCCAACCCUGCUCCUUACGAGGAGCUGGUGUCGGUGAUGGCUGGGGGUUUGUAUGGGGAACUGGAGCGGCUUGUAGGGGCCCACGGGCCUGGAGCUGUGUCAGGGCUCCUGCCACAACUGGUCUCUGUCCUGGAGUCCUUGCAAGGGGCUUGCGGGCAAGUCCGGGAGCGGGACCAGGCUCUGGAAUGCCUACGGGAUGACCGUCUGCGGCUGCUGGGGCAAUAUGAGCGGGAGCGAGCUGGGCGCAAGCGGGCAGAGGAGAGGUUUAUGGAGCUGGAGGAUGCGAUGGAGCAGGAACGCAAGGUGCAUGUAACAGCUGUGAGCCGGCUGGAGGGGCAGAGUCGUGCCCUGGAAGGGAAAGCACGGAGCUACGCAGAUCAGGUGGCCAGCCUGGAAGAACAAAAAUCGUCCCUCCUAAAGGAGCUCUGGUCUAUGAAUCAGAGCCACACAAAGAUUGUGCAAAGCUACAAGGAACUGAAGUCGCAAAGGGUGACGUUGGCCAGUACUAGCCAAACUGGAUCUCUGUCUGCAGAGACACAAAGGUUGAAGCCCCUACCAAUCCAGGCACCCCCACAGUUUCUUCCAAGCACCUCAGAUCCUGGGCCUCCUGAAUUCCCUCAUUCCCCAGAGGAACCUGUAGAGUUUCGGGAGUUUCCCCUUGCAAAGAAGAUGCCCCAGAGGGACGGAGAACGAAAUGAUUUCCCCUUGGCACAAGAAAUGAUGCAGCCGGAGCAGGAUGCCACUCCUGUUCAGCAGCAGUGCUUGUACUUGGAUGACCUCCUGAGCUCCACUCCGGAAUUGGGACCUGACCAAAAGCAACCAAGCAGCCCUCUGAGUAACACCCUCGAGCGCAACACGGUGUCCCUUUUCGCCGAGGUCUCGGGCCUCAGCCCUGAACUCCUCAGCGAUAUGGACGACGGUGCCGAUUUGCAGGGUGAUGCCUUAGAAACCCUGGUGGCAGAAAACACUCAGCUACAAGAGGCACGGAUUGCUCUGGAUACUGCCCGCCGCCAUCUUAUAGCCCGUGUAGAAGAGCUCACUGAAGAGCGAGAGUCGCUACGGAUGGAGCGUGAGGGAACACUGGGUGCCCUGAGCCGCUGCCAAGCCCAGCUGAAAGAGACUGAGUUGGAACUUAGCCGGAUACGGCAGGAGUUUGGGGAAACGAGACGUCCCAGUGAGGAGGGGGAGCAGGCUGAAGGGGGCUUGUCCCAGCCUCAGCGGUUCACCCGGGCUGAGAUGGCACGUGUGGUGAUGGAGCGCAACCUCUAUAAGGAGAGGCUGAUGGAGCUGCAGGAAGCCGUUCGACGCACAGAGCUGCUAAGGGCUUCGCGGGAGGAACAAGCUGUUCAGAUGAAAAAAUCCUCUUUCUGGAAAAUCUUCGAUCGCUUAUUUAGCCCCUCAGACUCCCCAGAGAAGGCUCCUGCAUCACCCCUGCCACCAGGGAGGGCCCAGUCUAGCCCCAGCAGCCUCAAUGAAUUGGGACGGAAUGGAGGACAGCUGUCUCCAGCUUUGAGAUACAUCCCACGGGCUACCUCACUGACCGAAGCUGACACCUCCCCGCAGCAGAAACGUCGAGAGUUGUACCGUGAGAUCCGUUCACACAUCUGGCAGCAGCAUGGCCGGGCACAGAUCCAUGGGUGGAGCCAGCCGCCUGCAUUCCAGGGCCAUGAUCCGCUUUCAGGGGGCACUAACGUGCCUGUGCUUGUGCAGUUACGGAUGCUGGACCAGAAGGACCCCAGUACCAAGCUCUGGUGUGCUGCAGCAUCAGUUGGGCCUAAGACUCAAGAAGCACCAGAAACUGGCUCCUCUCCUCAGUAUUUCACAGACAGUUCUUGGCUGUGGGUGGCUUCUGGGACGCACUCUGCAAGUGAAGUGACUCUCUUUGAUGCCCAGAACCCAAACCAGCUCCUGGAACAUUUUGUGCUGCCUGGAGUUCACGUCCUCUCCAUUGCAUGUGUACCUGGCCUUGCUAUGCCUGGUGAGGAGAGCCCUGAGCUGGAGCCAGAGAUCCUUGAAGACCCCCUGGCGCCUGAGUCUGACAGUGAGGAUGAAACCCUGGAGAUGGAGGCAGUUGGCACAGAACCCACCGUGUGGUUUGGGACCCAGGAGGGCUGCAUUUAUAUUCACUCUGCCAAGACUGACUGGCGACGCUGCCAGGGCAAAGUGCAGCUGAAAGAUGCCAUCCACUGCAUCGUCCACACCCAGGGCCGUGUAGCAGCCACAUUAGGGGAUGGAUCUCUGGCCAUUUUCCAUCGAAACACAGUGAGGAACUGGGAUCUGCGCUCCGCACGCCUGGUUGACUUGGGACGGCCACGGCGCUCCAUUCGUUGUGCCAUCCCUGUGCUUGAUCGGCUAUGGUGUGGAUAUGGCAACAGAGUCUAUGUACUGGAUCCUCGCACUGCUCGCAUCCAGAGGUACUUUGAGGUGACGUCGCACCCUGAAAGCCAAGUGCGGCACAUGGCAGCAGCUGGCAACGGCAUCUGGGUCUCGGUUCGGCUGGAGUCCACUCUGCGCCUCCUCCAUGCUGAGACCGGGCAGCCGCUGCAGGAAGUGGAGCUGGGACCCUACAUCAGCCGCCUGCUUGGGCCAAAUAGUCUUAGUUUAGCCAUGAACAUCUCAGCACUUGGUGCUUUUGGGAAGCGGCUGUGGGUUGGCACGUCUGGUGGCACCAUUAUUUCUCUGCCCUUCAUCUCAGAAUUUGCUGGAAGCUCAGAAUCUUCCUCACCCACUGGUACCCCUUACUGUGCCAUGGAGCAAGCACAGAUCAGCUACCAUGGGCAUCGUGAUGCUGUUCGCUUCUUUAUCUCAGUCCCAGGAUGUAUGAAUCCAUCCUCUCCUGAGGUCACCAAGGAAUUGCACAGCCAAGACAUGCCAAGCAAACCUUGCAGCUUGGUGCUUAGUGGAGGGGAGGGAUAUAUUAAUCUCCGCAUAGGAGAUGACACAGAUGACCGCUAUGGCGACUUGCUGCUCCUAAACCCACGCUUACGUCGAACUGAACGAAGCCAUCUCAUUGUCUGGCAGGUGCAAGCCUGAGGCUAUGGUGGUGGGCACAACCACUAUUUUAGGGUGGAAUGGCACCGUUCUGGCCUACGAGGGGAUUGCACAAUUCAUAGAUGCUGGUGUUGUCUUCCCAUCACUAUCUCCUGCCCUCUUUCCCCAUGUGGUUAACCCUCGGGUGUCUGUAGGGUUGGGGUAAUGACUUUUGCAGUGUUUUCAGGCUGAUGAUUGUGGAGAACAUCAGAAUGCCAGGAUCUGUUUUGUGAACAGGCUCGAUGAAGGGAUCUGCAACUGGUGGUUCCUCUGGCCCUCCUUUUAUCAUUGUUUCCACUGCUUUGAAAUGGGAGCAGUGUGCCACUUUGCAAUAUGUUGGUCUACUGCUAUAUGGACUAGUUCCACAUCAAAUCCUGCUGUGUUAACUCCUCCUUGUGCUGUGCAGCAGCAUACCUCUUAUGGCCCAGGUGGUUGGGAGCUAAGAAGAUACAGUUUCCCAGGUAAUGUUAGAAUGGCAGAGGCCUCUAUUACUAGUUGGGAAUGAAGAAAGUAGGUCCAGUGAGUUGGAACCCAAAAGGCUGAGAACCAGGACUCCUGGGGUUUCUUUGCAAAAGGAGCAGCAUCCAAGUGCAUUGGAGUUACAACUCUUCCCAUUUCUGGCUCCCACUUUUGAGUGUGAUUUCCUGAUGCACUUUUGAUUCUACGGGUUGGGACAGGAGGACAAGACACAGAAUCUAGAACUACUGGCACAGAAUUGUUGAAGACUGUCAGUGUAAACCGCAGCACUACUUGGAGAAACCUGAAGGGGGAGCUCUCUUUCCUGCUGUGCUGCCUUCACUUUGGAAGUCAAAUAUUGAUUGGUUGGUUCCUGGUGCUGUUGUGUUAACCAGAUCCUGGCUGCAGCUUUGGAAUGAUGCUGGGGCCAGCCAGCCAGGGCUGUGGAGUCGGUACGCCAUACCUUCGACUCCGACUCCUCUAUUUUUCUACUGUCCGACUCUGACUCCAUCCAAAAUUGCUUCCGACUCCAACUCCACGACUCCACCUCCACAGCCCUGGAAAGCACUGUAAAUGUCUUUUUAAAUUGGAAGCUCUCGUAGGAGCAUUUUUAUCGCUGCCUGAAUAUGCGCUGAUCUUGACAUCACAGCGUUUGUCUUCAUCUGGGUCCUGUGUCAUACACUGACACACAAAAUGUUUUCCAUCUUGAGUUGUGGUGAAAUGCUCAACUACAGCUGACUUCAUGGGAAGCUUCUUUGACAUUGUGAAUUUAUAUUUUAAAAAAUUUGUCAAUCAAAAUUUAUUUUGAAGUCUGAGUCGGUACAUUUCUACCGACUCUGACUCCAACUCCACCCAAAAUUGACUCCGCCUCCACAGCCUGCAGCCAGGGCACCUGCCUUGCUAUUAGUUUCUCAGGGUUGCUGUUUGUUUGUCUGUCUCAGUAAGGGUGAGUGUCUCUGGCAGCAUCUCAGGAUCUAUUUCUGUGGGUUGGUUUCUCAAUAAAGCUAUUUAUUAUUAUUA